AUGAACGGGGACACCUAUUCCUCCAGAGACAGCGGCCGACACGGUUCGUCUCGCGACCAUCCGUCCUCGAGACGCGACCGCGAUGACAGACGUGACCGUGGAGAUCGCAGUGACCGAGGCAGUGGACGCAGACGCUCUCGCUCUCCCGCCGACUACCGCAGCAGCCGACCCCGUCGCGAAGACGGCGAUUUCGACGCUUAUUCAUCGAGCCGCAGCCACCGCGACCGCGAGCGAGAAGAUAGAUACUCUGGCCGCGACCGUCGUGGACCCGAUCGUGGUGAGAGGGAGUGGGAUCGUGACAGGGGCGCCGACCGUGGAGCCGACCGUGGAGCCGACCGUGGAGCCGAUCGUGGUGCGGACCGUGGCGCUGACCGCGGGGCCGACCGUGGAGGUCGCAGCCGGCGGGACGAUGACGAAGGCGGCCGUCGCCGGGAAAGAGAUCGCGAUGUGAUGGGAGAUGAUCGCCGCGGUGGAGGCAGAAGGGACAGAGAGGCGGACAGGGAGCGCAGGAGGAGUGUCUCGCCGCCCCCUAAGAAGAGGGAACCGACACCCGACUUGACUGAUAUCGUUCCCGUUUUGGAGCGCAAGAGGCGCAUGACACAGUGGGAUAUCAAGCCUCCCGGAUACGGCAACGUCACCGCCGAGCAGGCCAAGCUCUCGGGCAUGUUCCCAUUACCCGGCGCACCGCGACAACAGGCCAUGGACCCGACUAAGCUUCAGGCCUUCAUGACCCAGCCAGGUGGAGCUGUCAAUAGCGCCGCCCUUAAGCCGACCAACUCCCGCCAGAGCAAGCGUCUUAUUGUUUCGAAUAUCCCACCGUCAGCCACCGACGAGAGCCUGUUGGGUUUCUUCAACCUUCAACUCAAUGGCCUAAACGUUAUCGAUAGCACGGAUCCUUGCGUCCAGUGCCAAAUAUCCCCCGACCACAGCUUCGCCAUGCUCGAGUUCAGGAACAGCCCGGAUGCGACAGUCGCUCUGGCCCUUGACGGUAUCACCAUGGAGGCCGAGGAUGCCAAUGGUGCUGCUGGUGCCGGUGGGCUCAAGAUUCGCAGGCCGAAGGAUUACAUCGUACCUGCAAUUGUCGAGGACCCCAACUACGACCCCGAUUCGGAGGUUCCUUCCAGCAUUGUUAUCGACAGCCCCAACAAGAUCAGUGUCACCAACAUCCCCGCAUAUCUCACCGAAGAGCAAAUCAUGGAGCUCCUGGUUAGCUUUGGCAAGCUCAAGUCCUUUGUGUUGGUCAAGGAUAAGCAUACAGAGGAAUCGAGGGGUAUCGCAUUCUGCGAGUAUCACGACUCUUCGGUCACAUCUGUCGCUAUUGACGGCCUUAACAACAUGAUGCUGGGCGACAGGGCGCUGAAGGUUCAGAAGGCCAGCUACGGCAUUCAGCAGGUUGCUGGAGAACUGAGUGUAAAUGCCAUGUCCAUGCUUGCUGGUACCACUUCCCUGGAUGGCGACGUCAGCAGGGUUGUGCAGCUCCUGAACAUGGUUACGGCGGAUGAGUUGAUGGACAACGACGAUUAUGAAGAAAUUCGUGAUGACGUCCAGGAGGAAUGCGAGAAGUUCGGAACUAUUGUUUCCUUGAAGAUUCCCAGGGCCACUGGCGGAAGCAGGCAGUCUGCCGGCGUUGGCAAGAUUUACAUCAAAUACGAGAAUUCCGACCAAGCAACAAAGGCCCUCAAAUCGUUGGCAGGCAGGAAGUUCGCUGACCGCACGGUGGUUGCGACAUACUUCCCUGAGGAGAACUUUGAUGUCAACGCCUGGUAA